AUGCGUGGUCUCAAGAGCUUGCCUUUGCUUGCGGUUGCACCUUUGUUGCAGUCGGUGGUGGCUGCCUCCGAUGAUGCUUCCACCGUUACUGUUUACGAAACCGUCGAUGUUACAUAUGUGGCUACUAUUACCGAAUAUAUAUACACCAACACUGGUGGAUUGUUGACCACUGACUACGUUACGGGUGCUAUCCAUGCAAUCGUCAACGCCGUGGAUGCCUCAACCACUGAGUCCGAGACUAGCGCCACUGAAUCUGCUGGCUCCAGCUCUAUUGCUGCUGAGACUACUUCUGAUUCCAUUUCUGCUUCUGUUACAGAGACCACUAGUGCAGCUGAGUCCUCUUCCGCAGAGGUUGUUUCUUCUACAGAAACAGUGAGCUCUGUCGCUUCUUCCGAGGCUGCUGCUUCUUCCGAAGCUUCCUCUUCCUCCGAAGCUGCUGCUUCUUCUGAGGCUGCAUCUUCCUCUGACGCUGCUGCUUCCUCCUCUGAGGCUGCUGCUUCCUCCUCUGAGGCUGCUGCUUCCUCCUCUGACGCUGCUGCUUCCUCCUCCGAGGCUGCUGCUUCCUCGAAUGCUGCUGCUUCUUCUAAUGCUGCUGCUUCUUCCAACAUUGCUUCCUCUUCCCAGCCUACAGAUGCUAGCGUUGCAACUACCACGGACUCUUCAUCCUCCAUUACGUCCUCCGCUUCGGCCGCAGUCUCCGUUGCUGUCUCAUCCGUUACACCUUCAUCCACCUCAAGUAGCAUCGACACCUCCAUCCCAGCAGGUAUCUACAGUGCCUCCACAUCCACCAGUACUACUAUCUUGGCCGACGGUAACACCGCCGUCUACGAGUUUGUUGUUUUGUACACCAACACAUGCUAG